AAACACAACAAUUUAAAGACCACCCUGGCUUGACAAGUGUUGCGAUUAACCACCUUGUCGCACCAUUAGCAGACCUGACCUAUUCCUUGCCUGACACGCACCACCAGGCCGCCAUGAAGCUGCAGCAAUACACCGAGAUACAGAAGACCAUCAAUGACAUCUACAGCAAUGGCGAGGGCAAUGUCGUGGUAGCGCUCAACAAGAAGUUCCCGGACAUCAAGAAGACAACCCUGGGCAGCAUCUGCACUCAGGAGAUUCAGCGCAAGGUGAAGAAAAGAUACCAUCGCCUCAACACACCAGAGAAGACACAGGAGAUAUUCAUGAGCUACACAACACAGGUGGAGGAUGGAGAGGCACCAGGGGUCCUAGUGAGGAUGGCACAGGAACUGGACUACAGCCCUGCCAUGUUGGCCAAGCUGGUUCUGGAACACCACCUCAAGACCACCUGCCCGGACGUCAACAUCAACAAGUCCCAGAUCAACAGUCUUCUGCGGGACACAACCUUGAUUGAUGACCGGGACCUGAGCUAUGAGGUGUACCUGUGUCUGUUGGAGGAUGAUGUGUAUGGACCAUUUGCAGACAGCAUAAAGCAUUCCAUUGGUCAAGAGUACGAGUUUCUACUUCGCCAAGAACUGGAUAAACUCAACAUUGUUUACCAUGAUGAGGAUGAACUGCGCUCCCGAGGCUACGACAAGACUCCCGACAUCAAGCUGGAUAUUCCCAUUGCGGUGGAUGGACAUGUCAUCAACUGGAUAGAAAGCAAGGCGUCUUUUGGGGACGAGGAGAGUCACCGCUCAUACCUCAAGGAUCAGUUUUGGAGUUACUGGAACAGGUUUGGCCCCGGGCUGGUCAUUUACUGGUUUGGCUUCAUAGAGGAGCUGGAUGAGCACCGCGAAAAAGGCAUCAUGCUCCGAGACUCCUUCCCAAACUCCAUCACCUUCAUGGAUCCCCUCUCCAUGAACUAACACUUCCAGCGAUCCGCACCUCCACCUUCACCUCAUCUACAUUCACUAUUCAUUCACAGCUACAUCUUUCUUCUCCAUCAUCAUAUUCAUCCUUUGGUAAGUCUGUUCCUCUGUCACUCACACCAUAUCAUUUGUCAGUCAUCUCAGAAAGCCUCGUUAUCCUAAUUUUUUUAGAAACUUUAGAAACUCCACUCAGGUUUCUUCACUCAUCUUUAUCCUCAUUUCCCCAGAUCUUCACUCACAUAUCAUUAGUCAGUCAUCUGUGAAAGCCUCAUCACCCUCAUUUUUUUUUAGAAAUUUUAGAAACUGAACUCAGAUUUCUUCAUCCUCAUUUCUCCAAGUCUUCUUCACUUCCUUCACUCACUAUCACUUCUGCCAUCACUCCCACUAACCCCUUCACUGUGACAUCCAUUUAGAAAGGGGGUUUGAAAUGGAAAUAAUGGGCAGUAAACUAAGCAGACCCACAGAAAAUGAUGGACAGUGUGAGCAAAUGUUAGUGGGUCAUCAAAACAGUGAGAGAAAAAGUUGAGGCUGAAAUCCAGAGAGAAAGGAAGAUAGAAACAGUGAGACAGUAAGUGAAGAUUAGAUGAAAGA